CUUUUUCUUUUCUUAUACUUCGUACUUGAAUCAUGCCAGCUACUUUGAAAAGAAAAUCUGACGACGAAGUGUCUGUCGAUUCGACCAUGAGCAACGUUGUAGUCGACAAGAAGGAUAAGAAGGAAAAGAAGGAGAAGAAAGAGAAGAAGGAAAAGAAGACUAUCAAGAAACUGGAAGCCCGUGGCAUCAAGUCCCUUUUCGACAUUCAAGCUGCCACCUUUGAUCACAUCUACGACGGUAACGAUAUGCUUGCCCGUGCCCGUACUGGUACUGGUAAGACUCUUGCCUUCGCUCUUCCCAUGAUUGAGCGUCUCAAUUCUGAAGACGACCGUGCCAACACUGGUCGUGGCCGCGCUCCCCGUGUCAUGGUUCUCUGCCCUACUCGCGAUCUUGCCAAGCAAGUGUGCGGUGACUUUGAAACCCUAUCUAACUUGAAGACCCUCGCUGUCUAUGGUGGUACUCCUUACCCUGAGCAAACCCAAGCUUUGCGUGAAGGUGUCGAUAUCAUUGUCGGUACCCCUGGUCGUAUCCAGGAUCACAUCAACUUUGGUAACCUCAAGCUCCAUAACCUCAAGUUCAUCACCUUGGACGAAGCUGAUGAGAUGUUGGAUGUUCGUGGUUUCCAAGAUGAUAUGUUCAAAGUUCUUCAAGUUGUCAAGGACCAAAAGCAGAACGCCAGAGAUUACCAAACCUUGUUGUUCUCUGCCACUGUACCCGAAUCUGUUUUGGAGACUAUUCAACGCUUCUUGAGACCUGACUAUACUCGUGUCGAUCUCAUCGGUAACUCCAAGAACCGUACCAACCAGAACAUUCGCCACAUUGCCAUUCCCUCUUCUUAUCAAUCACGAUCCGAUAUUAUUGGCGAUGUCGUCAAUGUCUAUGGUGGAACUGGUUUGACCUUUAUCUUCUGUGCAACCAAGGCUGAUGCCAACGAACUUGGUACCCAUGAGAAGCUUAAGCAGGAUGCUGCUGUCCUUCACGGUGACAUUGCUCAAUCUAGCCGUGAAUCCACCAUGAAGUCUUUCCGUGAGGGCAAGUUCAAGUGCAUUAUUUGUACCGAUGUCCUUGCUCGUGGAUUGGAUAUUCCUCAAGUCGAUUUGGUUAUCAAUUGCCAACCUCCUAAAGAUCCCGAAAGUUAUGUCCAUCGAUCUGGUAGAACUGGUCGUGCUGGUCGUUCCGGUGUUUGCGUCACUUUCUACAAGCCCAACGAAGAAGGUCUUAUCCAAUAUAUUUCCAAGCGCACUGGUGUCAAGUUCGAAACCAUGUCUGCUCCUCGUCCUGAAGACAUCAUCAAGGCUACCACUGAAGGAGCCAUUGAGUCCAUCAACAAGGUCAACCCCGAUGUCUUGCCCCAUUUCACUGCAUCCGCUCAACAGCUGAUUGAAGAACACGGUGCUGAGAAGGCUCUUUCCGCUGCAUUGGCUUAUAUUUCUGGUUACCAUGAAGGCAUUGCCAGCCGCUCACUCCUUACCUCCCAAGAAGGUUUCGUUACACUUAUGUUCACCUUGUCAAAUGCCAUUCAACACCCUGGCUAUGUUCGCAACAUCAUCUCCCGUGAAUUCCCCAACUUGGCUUACGAAGAUGUUCGUGGUAUGCGCAUGACCAAGGAUAUGACCGGUGUGGUCUUCGAUGUCUUGUCCAGCAAGGCUGAAAUCAGAGAAGAAGAUGGUGCUCAAGUCAUCCUCCUCGCUGGCCGCAAGUGGUUCGAUAAGCACAACAUCACCAUGACUGCUCCAGAGGUUCUUCCUGAACUUGCUGAACGUGAUCGUCGCGAUGGUCCUGGAGGCGGUCGCGGUGGUGGUCGUGGUGGUUACGGCGGUGGCAACCGUGGCGGUAAUGGCUACGGCGGCGGCGGUGGUGGUGGCUAUGGUGCUCGUCGUUCUGGAGGCGGCGGUGGUGGUGGUGGCCGAGGUGGUUACUCUGGCGGUAGCCGCGGUGGCUACAAAGGUGGUUACGGUGGUAGAUAAUUUAGACUAGAAUCGGCGCUACAGGCGGCGCUUUAGACUCUCUUGAAAAAUCCCUGUCUCUUUAACCUCUCUUGUUUCCCCUUCUUUUAAUCUCUCUCUCUACUUUUGCAUUUGCUCUCAUCAUGUAUCUAUAGAUUCCAUUUCAAUCACCUCUUCUAUUGCAUUUUUCGACUCUUGCUAGAGCCUUCCGCCUUUUAUUUUUUGUUUGAUCGUAUGUUGUUAUACCAAGACAAUAGAGAAUACAGUUGUUUUUUAUAUAUACAAGUGU